GUGACAUGGUGUUUUUUGUUUUAGUCUAUCAUUCGAUCAUAAGCUGCUUGUUAGUGGGCAGAGUAUAAAAUAAGAUGGAAAUAACAUGAUUAAAAACUGAUCAUAUGGCAGCAAUUUCAUGUUUACAUCAUUUUAGAAGAAGAAAUAAAAUAUUUACCAUAAUUAUGUUGCUGUCGGAUCUUCCAUGGCCACUAGUCUUUGGUCCAUAUCCCCUGCUGUAAGGAAGUGUCCACGAGCUUUGGUUGUGUCUAUGCAAUGUUCAGUUCAUUUCUUCCUCAACAAAUCUGCCUGAGAAGAAUUCCACUGGUAGCCCUCACCCGGUACAAUGCCACUGUAGUGCGUCCACUGUCUAGCUCACUCAGAUGUUACCAGUCCACAAAGAGUCAGGUUGACUCAAUAAAGAAGACUCAACAAAAUGGAAAUAACUUUGAAAUAAUAUACAAGUUUCCGUACAUCAGGCUGGCUCACGCAUUGUGCCGUCUGAAGAUAUACCAGACAGGCCUCACGGGUCUUGCUGUGCCUGGGGCUGGAUAUUUUGUGUUUUUGGGAAGUUUAGAUCCUGGGAGUUUUGUUGCUGUUGUUGUCAUUAAUGGGUUAGCCUUUCUGAUGCUCUAUGUUAUGGGAGAGAUCUUCCGAAGGACAGUCGGCCAUGUUUAUUAUGACUCGAGGAGCAAUUUAGUUAAGGUGUCACAUCUGACCUUCUGGGGAGGACGUAAGGACGUACACAUCCCCUCCAGUGACAUAGUACCACUUACUGACACAUCUGAUAAUCUUGCUGACAUUUAUGUUCGUCUCUUAAGAUAUUCUCAACCCAAAUUCUCACUCUUCCUUUGGCUCAGAUUUGGUGGCAUCAUUGAUUACCAGAAAUUUAAUAGUGUCUUUGGUGAUCUUCAUCCAGAGGAACAACUGAAAAAGUUAGACUAG